CCUGGCAGCAGUCGUUCCCCGGAGUCUCCUCGGAGAAUGCGCUGGGAAUGCAUAGACGAAUGCAAAUAAAGCACAAAACUCAUAUAAUUUUCAAGGGAAAACAAAGCCCACACACGUGUGUGUGUGUCCCCUGGCUGGCUACCAGAAAGAAAAUCACAUAAAAUGCAACCAAAUCUGGUGCACAGCAGCAACAAGGAUAGAACACUUGCAUGCAUAAAAUAUUUAAACUAAGUGAUAGCAAAGGCAAUUGCAAUUCAUAAGGAAACUCUUGAUAAGUCCGAGAGCAAGAGCUCCUCCUACUCCACCACCACUCUUCGUGAGAGCGAGAGAGACAGAGAGAGAGAGAGAGAGAGAGAGAGAGAAAGAGAUGCCUCUGAUGGAGACGCCUUGGCUGCUGUCGGCCAAGGAGAUGGUGGCCGGCGAGGCCUGGCUGAGGCUGCGGCUGAGGUUGCAUAAAUCAAACAUGGACUACACGUGUCUCUUCUGCUGCAGCCUGGCGUUCGCCCUCUAUCUGAACACCCUCAAUGCUGGCUUCGUCUACGACGACAGACGCGCCAUUCUGGGCAAUGCGGAUGUCUCUGGCGGCGGGCCCUGGCAACGGAGCUUCGCCAACGACUUCUGGGGCACCCCGCUGACGGACAGCGGCUCCCACGGCUCCUGGCGACCCCUGUGCGUUCUCAGCUUCCGGCUCAACUAUUUCCUUGGAGGAGGCUUCGCGCCGUGGGGAUUCCACCUGGUAAACAAUCUGCUGCACUGCGUUGCCACGGCUCUGGUGGUGCGCGUGGCACGCACUCUGCUCGCCUCCGUAUGGGCGGUGCUAGCCGCGGGUGCCCUAUUCGCGGCGCACCCCAUCCACACGGAAGCCGUGGCCGGCGUUGUGGGGAGGGCGGAUGUGGCAGCGUGCGUCUGCUACCUGCUCACGUACCUCAGCUAUCUGCGGCACAUGCGCUGGCGCGAGUCCGGCGAUCCCCGCCAGUGGCUGGCCCUGGCCGCGACCCUGAUCCUCGCCCUGGCAGGACUCCUCUGCAAGGAGACCGCCAUCACGGCACUCCUGGUGUGCGCUCUCUUCGAUGUGAUUCGGGGAGUGAGUGGACAGGUGGAUAAGCAACGCCUCCGGUCUGUGUGCAUUGUCCUGGGGGCUCUCUUCUGCAGCGCCUACUGCCGUCUAGUCAUCGUCCCAGGGCCACAGACGGCCUUCUCCAGCGCAGACAACCCCAUUUCCCGCACCCCAUCCGCCUGGACGCGGCUCCUCACGUUUCUUUACCUGCCAGUCUUCAAUUUUCGAUUGAUGCUGCAGCCGCAGGUCCUGAGCUUCGACUGGGGCAUGGAUGCGCUGCCGCGCGUUAUCUCUCUGUGGGAUCGAAGGAACGCCCAGUCCGCCUGCUUCUACUCCGUGCUGGUGGGCGUGGCGUGGCACAGCUGUCGGCAGUUGCUCUGCAACGGAGGGGGAAAGGACGUGGGCGGAGUAUCAGUGGCGGGAAUGGCUGGAAAUGCACCGCCAUUCCCGCAGUACCACAUCCAGAAGGUGGCCGCAAGUCGCAAGUCCCGCUCCAAGCGCAAGCGACUGGCGGCCAGCAACAAGUACCAAGCCUUUGAGGCAGCAGCCGCCUAUCCGCCUAUCCACCAAGAGACGGCGCUUCCAUUCGCUGCCAAACAGCCGUGCAGCAGGGACUGCAACAACAACAGCAGCAGUGAAGCCUAUCCGCAUCCGCAUCACCUCGUGUCUUCCGCCUUCCGCGGCUCCCGGAGCAGCAGCAGCUGCAGCAACAGCACCACCUCCAGCAACAAGAGCUCCGGUAGCAGCUCCUCCUCGAGUUCGAGUUCCAGUUCGAGUUCCAGCUCGAGCACCAGCUCGAGUUCCUGCAGCAGCUCCCUACUGCCACAGCGAUGCUCCUCCGAGUAUCUCCUCGGAGGAAUGUCGCCAAAGAGUCGACAUGCCUGCAUUAUGCUCAUGUCCUGCUCCUUCCUCGGGCUCCCCUUCCUGCCCGCCAGCAACCUCUUCUUCUAUGUGGGCUUCGUCGUGGCCGAGCGGCUCCUCUACCUCCCCUCCGUGGGGUUCUGCUUGCUGGUGGGCUACGGAGUGUCCCGCCUCAUGGCCUCCACGCAACGGACACGUUGCACUCUGGUCCUGUGCCUCAGCGUAUGCCUUCUUGCCGCAAUGAGCCUGAGGACGGUGCGCCGCAACGCCGACUGGCGGGACGAGGAGAGCCUCUACAGGAGUGCGAUUGCCGUGAAUCCGCCAAAGGCGUUGGGCAAUCUGGGAAGCGUGCUUAGCUCUCAGGGACGCUACGAGGAGGCCAAACAGGUCCUGCAGGAGGCCAUCCGGUACAGGCCCAACAUGGCGGAUGUGCACUUUAAUCUGGGCAUCCUGCACCAGAACCAACAGGACUACGCGGCAGCCGUCGAGUGCUUUCAGCGGGCCAUUAAAUUCAGGCCGAAUCUGGCAGUGGCGUACCUCAAUCUGGGCAUAUCAUUCAUUGCGCUCGGAAAGCGCCAGCAGGCCAUGGAGAUCCUCCAGGCUGGCGCCACGCUGGAUGGGGCAUCGGUGCGCGAUCGAGGGGCCCACGAUCAGGCGAGGAGUUCAGCGUAUCUCCAGCUGGGAGCCCUCUACGUGGAGCAGGGAAAACUGCAGCGGGCACUGGCUGUCUACCGCGAGGCUUUCUCUUCCCUGCCAGGACUCCCACAGCAGCGGGAGGUCCUUUAUCAGCGCAUUGGGGACGUCCUGGGCCGGCUCCAGCAGUGGGAUGAGGCGGAACGGCAUCAUAGAGCGGCGCUCGAGCUGCAGCCGAAUCAAGUGGCGGCACAUCUUUCGUACGGCAUCACACUGGCACGAAACAGUAGCCGCUCGGCGGAGGCUGAGAUGUGGUUUAAGCGAGCCCUGAAACUGGCGCCCGACCAGGCCAGCGUCUAUCAUCACUACGCCGAAUUCCUCUCGCUGCAAUCGCGACACCACGAGUCUGCUGUCUACCAUCGCAGGGCCGCAGAACUGGCGCCCACGGACUAUGCUCUGGUUGUGGCAGCGGCCACAGCCAUGCGACUGCUGGAUCGGAAAGCGGAGGCGGAGAUCUGGUACAGGAAGGCUGUGGCCUUGAGGCCGGACGAUGCCCAUGCCCACACCAAUCUGGGGGCCAUUCUGCAUCUGCUGGGACGCUCGACGCAUGCGGCGGCCAGCUACAAGGCGGCACUCCGACUGCAGCCAGGAGACGCCAUCACGCUCGGGAAUCUGGCCAAACUGGGCGUGACGAACGUUUAACAACUGUAUCUGAGAGAUGCAAAGAUAUUUUUAUAUAGAAUGCUACAGAAUGGAGCCUCGAAACGGAACGGAGAGAUAACUCUACAGAAUUUAUACAAAGGACUUCGAUACAUAUGUAUAUCAUUUAGCAAAGCAGCUGGCAGCAUGAGCCGUGUAAAUAUCCCAAGCAGCGACCAAAGAAUGUCACAUGAAUAGGUAGAGAUAGAGAUACAGAUACAGAUACAGAUAGAAGAUGCAGUUCAGAUACAGAUACAGAUAGAGCUACAAAUACAGAUACAGAUAAAGUGUCAGGGGAGGAGGGUGGAGGAAAAACAGAGAGAACAAUAAUUAAAAUAUCUAAUUGUUAAGAUGAGAUACUGUAUAGAGAUACAAGUUGCAAGAUAGAAGAUAGAAGAUAGAAGAUAUUGGCAUUGGAACGACAAUUGGGUAAUGUCUUACGACUACAUGUCCUUAAAAUAUAUAUCCCCGCGUGUAAAUUAAUGUAAAUAUGAGAAACCCCAAGGCACAAAUAUCGGGGCAUAUUACUAUAUAUACGAGUGUUCAUAUAUACUCGUACUUAUAAAUACAUUGCUUCUCGAGAUUGUUUUUCUCCGUUGUGUGUACAUUUUAGUUAAGCGACAAAUAUCGAACAGAUACGAGAUAUUCAAUACCCCGAUACGGGAAUAUGGAUUGUAUAAAAGUGCAAGGAGAAUAUAUAAUAAAACAAAAAAUGAA